AUGCAAUCAAACAACGAUAGUAUGGACCAUACCACCUAUGAUACUACAGCAACGUCAAACGACAGAUUGGUAUCAUCUCGUCCAACAACAUUGACACUCGAAGUAAGCAAUACAAUGAUGAUUGCAGGAGGAGCUGAUGAUAAGGAGGUUUCCUAUUAUCAUCGCUACAAUUUGGAUAAUAUUUCUAUUACACCUUCACCUAUGACAAAUCAGCCACGUCUAUCUCAGCCAGGUUUGCAUACUCCUGACGUGCAUUCUUUUAUCAAUGUCUACAAGUCAGCAGCCGAAACGAUACGCUAUGAACAAGAAAGUAAUAGCCAAGAGGCGCCUCAAAAUAAUCAUUCUCAUGCUGAUGAGAAUGAUUUGACAAAUGAAAAUUUAUUAAACUUGCCACUUUGCAAUGACAAACAACAAUCAGAAGUAAGUGGAAUUGAUCUCAAUCUGGAAAUUCAACAAGAUGCACCGGCUGAAUGCAUUGAUGGUAUGCUGUCACACGUUGAGGAUGUCAAACCUUAUAUGAAAAAUGCAAUCAACAACAGUCAAGUUUCAUGUGGAACUCAAACCACAUCAAUAUUGUCAACCGAAAAUAUACCAUCAAAAUCUGCUCAAUUGUCAACCAAGGACAUUGCUACAAAGUCUGAUUUUAAGUUUUCCUCUUCUAAAUAUGAUGAUCUCGACCGACCAACUAUUGCCAAGCUAUGCCAAUUUAAUCUUGAGCCACCGUCUUCAGCUUCCCGUCGAGAUUCAAUUCGGCAUAAUACAAAGUCAAUAGCUAUUAUAUCAUGGACUAGUAUUUCGAAAACUACUAUUAUGGAUUACAUUCGCGACGAAUUUCGUGACAUUGAUAUUCAGUAUAUUUGUAUUGGUGAAGAACUUAAUCAGUUACAUAAUCGAAGAGAAGUAUAUAUACAAAUUAUAUCUCGAAACAAGAUGAACAAAAGAACCCGUUUUCUUGAUACAAUAACCGGUUCGUAUUGCAAUUACAAAGUAACACAAAACAUUCUAGCAUGGAAUGAUUAUAUUAUACAAGAUCGAAAUUGUCUUGAAUUCGGACAAUUUGUAUCAAAUUUACGUGGCUACAAACAAUACCCGUCGAACAAAGUUAAGAAACAGCCACAAACAGUAAAGCUCAACAAGCGACAAAAGAAACAAUAG